GAUAUUGUAUGUGUUAAAAAGGGUUAUUAAUGAUUUGUUAGAUGUGUUUAAUUCGGGUAACAGGGGAGGUACACAAGCUCCCAAGCUCGGAAUUUCGGAUACAAGUGAACGAGUUUAAGAUAUGGGCGUUGACCGAGUAGUUUGGAUUCGGAUCGCCGAGGUUUGGCUGAGUUAUCUGUUGAGGUGAAGUUGGCAAACGAUUAUGGCGUCGACAUGUUUGCUGGAGGACUUAGGUAAAAAUGAGUAUUGUGUCUAGUGUACCCCUCGAAAAUGGUUGCAAUUGCCAUGUCAGUUUAUUUGUCACGUUGAUGACAUGACAUUUUAGCGGUCAGAGGUGUGUCAGGGGCCUUUUGAGUUCUCCCCUUUCAAAUGUCCAUUUAUGAUUUUUCCCUCUUCUGGAACGUUACCUGGUGCUCGCGACCUUCAUGUUUCUGGUAAUCUCUCAUCCUAGGCAUGUCUGUGAUGUCUUCUUUGAUUUCAGAUUCUUAAACGCGUUUUAGAUGUUGUGAGAGAGAGAAUCUUGACAUUGUCCCUAUUGUAAAUAAAUUCAUGUUUUUUUAUCAACUGGAUCACGGGUCCUUGGUUGGCUGGUUUCCCAGUAUAAUGGUGUUUAUGAUCCUCUUUUCACCAUAUAUAUAGAGUUUGUAUUUUAAGGGUUUUAAGGACAAGUUUUUUAAGUUGAAGACCUUGGCCGUUAAGAACGUGACUCUUCUGUCAAAGGUGUUGUAGGGCUUGAAGCAGAAGGUUCAGGCUCUUGAAUCUGAGAAGCUUACCUUGGAAAAGGAGGAGCAGGCUUGGUUGGGGGAAAAGACGGAUAUGGAGAGGGAUAAGAAAGAAGGCUCUCGAGGAUAAGGUCAUUGAGCAACGCCAAGCUAUGUCUGUCAGUAAAAAGAAGGUCGAGGACCUUGCAAACGACAUGGAAACCAAGUUGAAGGAUGCCGAUACAAUUGCUCGUCGUCUUAAGGAAGAUAUGUUUAAGCGGCAAGAAUCUCAGGACAAACCGAAAAGCAAUAUUUAUGAGGUAGAGGUCGUGAAAGUCCUGUUGGCUAAAGCUUGCAUGAAGGCUUAUUUCGAGGUCUUUAUGAUGGCCAUGCAACAUGUACUGACCUUUUUGGUGAGGUGGAGUUGCUUGAUGUGGUUGUGCUUGACAUCGAUUGGGUUGUGUGUUUACCCUGUGAAUUUGUGCUGCCUCGACGGGUGAUGGUUGUACUUGUCGGGGCUUUAUAGCCUCUACAUUGGUGCGCGUGUAGUACAUAAGCAGUACCAUUUGGGGUUGUAUAUUUGCUACCUCGGCGAGGGUUGUAUAUUUGCUACAUCGGCGAGUAGUAUAUAAGUUGUACCCGUUGGAGUUGUAUGGAAUUGUACCGUCCUGAUCAUCCAAGGCAUGACCGAUUCGAUUCAUGAAAGU